GUGAAAGAUUCUCCAUCCUCUCUGUACUACAGUACAAUACCAAAUAAACAGCAAGAAAUAACUCUCAAAUUAUCUCUGAUUCUCUUUCCUUAUAUAUUCCAAGUAUCAAAUACAAAACCCCAUCUUUGAGCUUGUGUCAAUCUCCUUAUUUACAGAAAGGGUAUAUAAAGGGAAUUCCAUAUUUCAUUGAACAACCGGACAACCUUAAGUUGCAUUUCUGUUCUUUAGACUAGAUUCGUUGGGCAACACAAAAAUGGAGUUUUUCACAACCGUUAAGGCUGUUAGAUUAAGAAGCCAUCUCCGAAAAUACUUAGUUGCGGAAGAAAACGAGAAAUCAAUUCGGCAAAGUCGUCAGGGAUCGUGUAGCCAAGCUAAAUGGACUGUCGAGUUGGUCGAAGGAGACAGUCGAGUAAUUCGUCUAAAAAGUUGUUAUGGUAAGUACUUAAGUGCAACAGAUAAAGACUAUGUUCUUGGCAUGACAGGUAAAAGAGUUAUUCAAGCUGAAUCAAAGAGCAAAUUCGAUUCAUCAAUUGAAUGGGAACCAUCAACCGAUGGUUUCCAAAUGAAACUAAAAUCAUGGUCUGGGAAAUAUUUGAGAGCUAACGGAACUGCACUGAGAGGUGCUAUUACUCACGAUGCUUUGCACGAAUCAUCUAAUAAUCAUGCGCACCAUUGGUUAAUUGAGAAGGUUGAUGAGUUAACAGAGAAUAAUCAGAGUUUUUCGUAUGAAUGUGAAUCUCCAACGUUAUCAUCUCAUUCUUCUUUUUCUGAAGUUGAUUCGCCAAAAUCUCCUUGGUCAACUAUGGCUACUCCAAAAUUCUCUUCCGCACAGACGAUGGACCCAAAGAUAAACUUCAACACUUUUACACCGACGUCGAAGAAGUUCGGAAUGGAAUUAUUUCACAACGCAAAAGCAGUGAGAUUACGAAGCCACCACGAGAAAUACUUAAUAGCAGAAGAAGAUGAAGAAACAGUAACACAAGACAGAAACGGAUCAACAAAAACAGCAAGAUGGGUUAUAGAAUUCAUAGAUGGAGGUGAUUACAUAAGAUUAAAAAGUUGUUACGGCAAAUAUUUAACGGCAUCAAACGAACCAUUUUUAUUAGGUAUGACUGGCAGAAAAGUGACACAGAGCUUACCGAGGAGACUAGAGUCAUCUAUUGAAUGGGAACCGAUAAGAGAUGGAUAUCAGAUUAAAUUGAAAACUAGGUACGGGAAUUUCUUGAGAGCUAAUGGUAGUGUGCCUCCAUGGAGAAAUUCAGUUACUCAUGAUAUUCCUAAAAGAAGUAAAUCUCAGGAGUUGUUGUUAUGGGAUGUGGAUAUUCUUGAGAUUCAAGUGUUGCCUAAACCUAUUCAAUCAGUAUCAGUUAUACCGAAACAAGAAUAUCAUCAACAGCAACAGCAGAAUCAUCUUGAUGAUGUUGUGCCUUCUCAACAACCUCCUGAUUCUCCAGUCAAAUCUACCCCUGAUUCUCCACCUUCUCCAGUCAAAUCUACCCAUAAAGUUUCUAGACUUGAGUCAAAUGAUUCAUCUGUGAGUUCUUCGGCUUCAGUGCACGUGAAAUCAGAUGGUAGAAUGAUAUGUUUUCGUAUAGCUAAUGAAGAUGGUGAUGACAUUGAAGAAGAAGAAGGUUCAUUUACUUUUAAGGGUAAUGGAGUUGAGGAAUUAACUCUAAGGUUAGAAGAAGAAACAGGACUUGAAGAUAUAAUGGUGUGCACUAAAAGUGUAUUGAAUGGAAGACUUUAUCCUAUGCGAUUACAUCUGCCUCCUAAUAAUGCUACCAUGCAUGUUGUGGUUGUUCAAGCUUCAUCAAAAGCUGCAAGAGAUAUUAAGCCAGGCCUACUAUGAAAACAUGUGAUCAAGUUUCCACUUUGUUCAAGGCUUGCUAAAGAAAAAUGAGAAGAAGUAUUGGUGUUUGUUAGGUUAAGAGUUUUUUACUCUUUUGAGCUGUACACUUGUAUAAUCUUAGUCUUGAUUGUUUUCCCAUUAGAUUUUGUUCAACUGUGUGGUAGUGAAUUUAUAAGAGUUUCAAUGAUCAUGUGGAUACCGAUACCGAUCUUUAUAAAUAUGAUAUAUUUUCAGUA